ACUGAUAGUUAUUUAUGUAAUUACUUGCAAAUACGAACACGUUAAUUUUUCAAAAUGUGCCACAUUUUUAAAGAAUUUGUAAGAUUUGUGAUUUUCGUUUCUGCUUCGCUUUUCACGAUAAUCGGAGCGACCUUGGUGCUUAUUGGAACACUACAUUUGGUUAAUUCUAAAUUUGUAACUGACACCUUCGGCAGCCUUCAUCUAAUACCAUAUCUACUAAUAACCAUCGGGUUCAUAAUAUUCGUAAUUUCGUUCUUCGGCUGCCAAGGUGCUUAUAAAAGGAAUCAGUGCUUUUUAUACACUUACGGAUGCAUACUUUUGGUUUUCUUCGUCGUCCAAGUUGCGUUAGGAGCUUAUAUUAUAUCACAACUCAAAAAUAAAGGCGAAUCUAGGCAAAACAUUGAAGAAACUGUUAACUAUAUUUUUGAAAAUACCGAAAAUACGUUAAAUAAAGAGACUGUCGAUUUUGUACAACAAAAAUUAGAGUGUUGUGGAACUUACGGACCAAUAUUUUGGUUCCAAAAACUAAAAGUUUUGCCGAAAUCUUGUUACAAAUCUGAAGCAAAUAUAUUACCGUUUACUAGUGGUUGCACGGAUAAAAUUUUGCACUUGUUGAAGAAUAUACUCAUAGGCACUGGAGUUGGGGGCUUGAUUUUGGCUAUGUUUGAGCUUGUAAUGGGCAUACUCUCGCUUUAUUUUGCUAGUACCUUGGGAAAAAAUUAUCAACACUACUUAAGGGCGAGAAAUGUAGUGUACUAGCUAACGUUCCUAAUAAAUCUCUUAUUAUAAAACAA